ACUGACAACAAGGUUAGAGUCGAUUCUAGUGUGGAUGUUCAUGCUAACACUGGGCUAAAAACAACCAAAGCCAUGUGUUUGAGUGUUUAAUUGUUAUUAUCGUAAAGCGAGGCUGCCGAACACUUUGUUGGCAGUUUGAUAAGACGGACAUUUUUGCUCCUGAGUGCGUUUCUGGCUGCGGCUUUGUUCUUUUGUUAGUUAGCUAGCUAGCUAGCUGGUUAGCUAGCACAGAACAGAGGAUAAGUGAUAAAACUCUUGUGUUUAGCUGUAGCGGUUUUAUUUUACGGGGCACAGCUGAAAUGUGGAUCGUCUAAGUGUUCAAACAGAAGGAGUCAAUGGGGAAAAGGAAAGACAUGAUUCAUCCCAGGUUCCUUGCAGGGGAUGAUGAUGACUACAGUGGACACAGGAAGAAACACAAGAAGCAUAAGAAACAUAAAAAGAAGCAUCACCGCGACGAUGGACACAGCUUCUCCUCAGAGGCUCUGGAGUCGGACUCUGGCAUUGUGCUUAAACCUCCGCAGCUGAAGCUGAAGAUCAAACUGGGAGGGCAAACACUGGGCACCAAGAGUGUGCCCACAUUUACGGUGGUUCCAGAGGCUCUGCGAUCGCUGUCUCCUCUGAUUGUGGACAGUGAUGAUGAUGACGACAAUGAAGAUGAUGAUGACGAUGACGAUGAUGAGCCCUCAGAGGGGGUGCCCAUUGAGCAGUACCGAGCCUGGCUUGAUGAGGACAGUAACUUGGACCCUUCCCCUCUACCGGACAUGGACACAGAUUCGUUUGUGGAAGGUCCCAUGGAUGAGGAGGAGAAGUGGCUUGAUGCGCUGGAGAAAGGAGAACUAGAUGAUAACGGAGAGCUCAAAAAAGAGAUAGAUGAGUCUCUUCUUACUGCUAGACAGAAAGCACUCUUGCACAAGCAGCAGAGCCAGCCUUUGCUGGAGUUGCCAAUGGGCUACAAAGAGAAGGAAAUGACGGCCGAGAUGCUGCAGAAGCGUGAGGAACGUGCCCGCAAGAGGCGCCUUCAGGCUGCUAAAAAGGCUGAAGAGAACAAGAACCAGACCAUUGAGAGGCUCACCAAGACCAGCAAGGCCAAGAUCAAGAGCAUGAAAGAGCGAAAGUCCAAGCAAACUCAGGUGCCUAUGGUUCGGUACUCAGACACUGCCCAGGGGGCGGCUAUCUCUUACCCUGUUGGGGUACCUGCUCCAGCCCCUGACCCUCCACGGCCACACCCUCCAGCUCCAGUGAGCUGUGGCGUCUUUGGAUGCACCAAUCUGAAAAAAUAUUCCUGCUCCAAAACAGGCAUUCCGCUCUGCAGUUUGGACUGCUACAAGAAGAAUUUGUUGCUUGUGGAGAGUGCAGCCUGAGGAGCUUUAGGAAUAGACCUCUGAAGCUGUGUGUCAUUCUGUAGUCAUCAUCAUGCUCAUGUUAGGAUCUCUGGGUCUGUGCUGGUUUUGUCUAUGGUAAAAGUGAAUGGCUAAAAUUGCAUUUAUUGCAUCCUGUGGUCAACAAAAAUGUUCCAAAUCUGAUACCUUUUGCCCUGUGUACAUUGCCCUCCAGAAUUUUGCUGGAUCCUCUGGAUUGUGUGGUCGUUUAGCAGUAAAAAGUGGAAUAAUGCUACAUACAUGCUAAAAGCAAGCUGUACUUGACAAAGCUUGUUGGCUUGUUUGGGGUAUUUUGGUGAGGUUGUCGGUCAUAUGAUGUCAGUUCGUGUACAGCAGUGUUAGCUAGCAUGUAUUGCAUGUAGCAGUAUUUAUAUUCCGACUCCUAAGCAAACUGAUAAUUCAGAGGAUUCAGUGACAUUCAGGGUAUUUAUGGCAAAAUGUAACAGGUUCUGAACAUCUUUGUUUACCACAUUUUAUUUUAGAUUUUGUUGAACUGCACAUAAUAAAUCAACAGAAUAUAACAUUGAUAACUGUUCUAUUAACUAUCGGAAGUUCAGUGAACUCAGUGAUUUAUAAGGCAGCCAGGUCACUUACUCUAAGUUAAAACAACAUUUGCUCCAGUGUAACAGCAUACCACACAGGGCAGGAGUUAAUAGUUUCCACAAACUAUGCUGAGCGCUAUUUUUCAGAUAGUGAAUAAUUAUAGAUGGCAUUGACUGUAAGAGAGAGUUGGAGUAUUUCUUUAUGCUUUGUCAGAAUUGGAGAUGUAGAACAGUGGUCACCAACCCUGGUCCUGGAGAUCUAUCUUGCUGUAGAGUCUAGUUCCAACCACAGUCUGCCACACCUGCUCCAGCUAAUGAACUACUUCAGAAGCCCUUCAUUGGCUGGAUCAGAAGUGUUAGUAUUAGCAGCAUUGAGAGAAUAAAGUUCUUACCUUAUUUAGUUCUUGGCCUGUGUUGUGUUUUGGGAGCUGUUCCUCCAAGCUGGCUUUCUAAAUUAUCUGGCUACUGCUGGCCGACUAGGUCGUGCAAUGCUUUCUCAAACUGUGAUCUAUUAAUCAUAUUUCUUCCUUAAUCUAAAAUCUUCUUUUAUUUUUAACCUAACCACUCGUGAGUUAUUUUAAAUUUCUAACUUGAGUUAGCCAGCAAGGAGAAACUGGACUCUGAUCUAGGAUCCACUUACUUAUGUAAAUAUUCCUCAUAACCAUGUACUGAUAAAAACAAUUGUUUUAUUCAGAAUACACAAAUUUCAGUUUGUUCUGACUCAAUUAUGUUAAAUGCCCAGAAAAGAACGUUGUGUUGAAUCAGUGGGAAGGUGAACCUUGAGUUUAAUGUAUUUAUUUGUUGUCUGAAGAGUCACUCUGCCAAGACUUUAGUGUUCUGGCUAAUUGACUAGUCAGGAUAUUUCGAUAUUUUUGUAAAAACACUGAAAUAAACAACAGAUUCUUACAAGGUGA